UUCUACCCCACUGACCCAAGUCCAGUGUAGCAACCAGGUGAAAUGCUUUUAAGACCAGUGGAAUUAAUGCUCACGGUGUUGUCUACAGAAGAGAGAAGCGCUUUGGAACAAGCUCCUUUUGCCUUGCGAAGUCCUGCGGGUCCUUGUGGCCGCCACGCGCGCGUGUGUGCGUGUCCCCGCAGGCCAUGGAGCGGCUGGAGGAGGAGCUGACCUGUCCCAUCUGCUGCGACACCUUCGUGGACCCACGGGUGCUGCCGUGCUCGCACACCUUCUGCGGGCCGUGCCUGCGGGAGCUCCUGCAGCCCGCCGCGGGCCUCAGCUGCCCCAGCUGCAGGGCUGCGGUGGCCGUGCCCGCCGCCGGCAUCGAGGCGCUGCCCAUCAACUUCGCCCUCAAGGCCGUGAUCGAGAAGUGCCAGCAGGAGGAGCGGGCCGGCACCGGCAGCACCGGGACGUGCGGGGCGCACCCCCGGCAGCCGCUCAACAUUUACUGCCUGCGGGACCGGCAGCUGGUGUGCGGCCUGUGCAUCACCGUCGGCAAGCACCGCGGGCACAACAUCGACGACCUCCAGAGCGCCUACAGGAAAGCCAGGGUGGCAUCGGGGCAGCUCCUGGGGCAGCUGGCGGAUCCCUGCCGCUCCGAGGUGUUCCUGCGCGCCGAGAGGCUGCUGCAGCAGAAGGCCCAGUGCCAGAGCACCCUGCAGAGUGACAGGGAAGCUGUGCUCAAGUAUUUUAAGGAACUCGGUGAUGUCUUGGAGGACAAAAAAGCAGCUCUGCUGAGUGCACUGAAUGAACUCGACAGCCGCAUUUUGGAGAAAUACGAUCCCCUCAUUGAGGAGGUGGAGAAACUGAAGUUAGAAGAGAUAGAGCUAAAGGAGCUGCACUUGGCCCUUGUGAUGGAGGAGUCCCCACUGCUUUUCCUGGAGAAGAUGAACGAGCUGCAGCUGCGGCUCCACACUCUCAGGCUGAGGCAGCUCCCGGAGCCUGAACCUGUGGAGAUCUAUCCUAGGAUGAAGAAGGUGCUGCAGUACAUGUGGUCUCCAACUGAAAUAGGGCAGGUGCACAGGAUCCGCACACCAAAGCUCAGCCUGGCUCGCAAAAGCUGUAGAAAUCGAGCACUAUCUGCUCUUCCUUCUCUUAUACUGAUGCUGACUUCACUUCUGUUGUUAUGGCACAAGGACCCAUAUGGUUUUCUGCUGCUCCUGAUUUCAUUUGCGAUGUUAUGGUAUGAGGAAAUCUCAUGUGACACCAUCUCAGCUCCUCUGGCGCAACUCUGGGAAUUCCUGCUGCGCAUUUAUCAGCAUUUCUGCACCUACCUGCAGGCCCCAAUGCAGGAGUCGGCUGUUUAGAUUGAAAACCUCAUGCAGCAAUCCAGCAUUAUUUUCAGUUUCUACUUAAAAGCUGUAUUGUUAAAGCUCUACACUUGUUCUGUUUCUGUAUCCUCCCUUUUCUGUAUUGCAUGGAUCCCCUCUGAACUACAGUUCUGAUUCACUUCUGCUGAGGAGAGGCGAGUUUUGCCUUGAUCCACAGCUGCGGAAUUUCGGUCCUUAACAUGCUGGAAUUCUCUGCCAAAGAUUAGGUGCACUGCUGAGCUUCUCCUGUAACUCUUGGCACUUUUGAAUUAUGUAGUAAAUUACACUGAUUCCUUAAA